AUGAGAAGAGCGUCGACUCUCGCCUCUUCCGUUCUAUCUCGGACCCUCACCUCCACCCUCCACGAAGGUGGUGGCCUCUCCACCACCACAGCUGCCACCAUCAAUCACCGUUUCCUCCAUGCUGCACUCUACAACACCACCAGCGGAACUGGCAGUUCCAACCCUCGCCGGAUCUCCAAUCCAUUCUCCGCUUCUCUCAGUGUUGCGGGAGCCUUGGUCUCUGCCGCUGCGGCUGCAUCUCUCUCACAAGAAGUCCUCGCCAAGGAGCCACCACCGGCCGAACUUGUGCCUAAGGAAGUUGUUCUUUACCAGUAUGAGGCCUGUCCUUUUUGCAAUAAAGUUAAAGCUUAUUUGGAUUACUACGAUAUACCAUACAAAGUAGUGGAAGUGAAUCCAAUUAGCAAGAAAGAGAUCAAAUGGUCCGAUUAUAAGAAGGUGCCUAUUUUGAUGGUGGAUGGGGAACAGCUUGUUGAUUCUUCGGCUAUCAUUGAUAAGUUGGGAAACAAGAUACAUGGUAAGGAAAUUGUAGAAUCUGCUUGUGAUGAGGAUGAUGACGAAGAAAAAAAGUGGCGGAGCUUUACAGAGAAAAUCACAGUCAAGUACGCUGGAGCUGCUGCAAUGUAUUUUGUGUCCAAGAAUUUGAAGAAGAAAUAUAACAUCACCGAUGAACGUGCUGCCCUGUAUGAAGCUGCGGAAACAUGGGUGAAUGCUCUAAAUGGCGGAGAGUUUCUUGGGGGGUCAAAGCCUAAUUUAGCUGACCUUGCUGUCUUUGGGGUGUUAAGACCCAUCCGCUAUCUGAGGUCCGGUAGAGAUAUGGUGGAGCACACUCGAAUAGGAGAUUGGUACACAAGAAUGGAAAAUGCUGUAGGGGAGUCCUCAAGGAUGAAGGCUUAG